GAGUGAGUGGCUCUUCUCCUGCACGCCCGCGCGCUGCUUGGGGCACAUCUCCGCGCUGCGGAGCUCCAGUCUGGAUCCGAGCCAAGCCUGUCUGGUGUCAAACCAGCCUGAACAGAUACUCUCAGACAUCUCAUUUCUUCACCUCAUUCCUGAAACGGCACUCUGCCCAUCCUUCGUGUAAAGCAAUUUGAACCUGAUAGCACAUCAUCUGCCUAUCCCCUCUAAGAAUCUCUGCUGGACUAUUAAGACCAUCUCCGCGCGCUUCUUCCUCAUAAGCGCUUUGCAACCAGAACCUGAGCCAGUCAUGGCUUUUACGCGCAAAUCGUUCGCCCUCCGACUCUUCUGCAUACUUUACAGCUUGACUCGUUGAUUCUGAGAUCUGAAACUCUUUGUUUUAUAACUUUAAACUAUAAAAAUGCUCCGCCCAGAUCCAUAAAGGACCGAAGUCUGGUUAAUAUGAACUUUUUGCCAAGUGGAAUAUGUUUUUAUUUAUCUGUAGCAAUCUGCUGGCCGAUGGCCAAGGUCCAUGCAUCCUGGUGGUACAUGGGAACCCUGGGCUCCCAGGUGAUGUGCGACAACAUUCCCGGUCUGGUGAACAAGCAGCGCCAACUCUGUCGCCAGCACCCCAAAGUGAUGCAGGCCAUCGGUGCUGGGAUGAAGGACUGGAUCUCUGAGUGCCAGCACCAGUUCCGCAACCACCGCUGGAACUGCAACACGACAGCCAGGGACCACAACCUCUUUGGACGCCUGCUGCUCCGCAGCAGCCGAGAAGUAGCCUUUGUCUACGCCAUCUCUUCAGCUGGAGUUGUUUACACAUUGGCGCGGGCCUGCAGCCAAGGCGAGCUAGACUCAUGUUCCUGUGAUCCCACCAAAAAGGGCUCAUCACGAGACGACAAGGGCUCCUUCGACUGGGGAGGCUGCAGCGACCAUGUAGAGCACGCCAUGCGCUUCAGCCAAACCUUCGUGGACGCCAAGGAGAGGAAGGAGAGGGACGCCCAGGCACUGAUGAACCUGCACAACAACAGAGCUGGCAGGAAGGCAGUGAGGCGCUUCAUGACUCUGGAGUGUAAAUGCCACGGCGUCAGUGGGUCGUGCAGCGUCCGGACCUGCUGGCUGGCCAUGGCCGACUUCAGACGCACUGGUGACCACCUGAGGAAGAGGUACAACAGCGCUGUCCAGGUUGCAGUAAACCAGUAUGGCACUGGUUUCACAGCUGCUCACACACACUUCAAACGCCCCAGCAAGAACGACCUGGUCUACCUUGAAGACUCUCCAGAUUACUGCAUACGGGACCAGGAGUCAGGGUCGAUGGGGACCGGAGGACGUCUCUGCAACCGGAUGUCUCGCGGCAUCGACGGCUGCGAGGUGAUGUGCUGCGGCCGAGGCUACGACACGGCGCGCAUCAGCCAGACCACCAAGUGUGAGUGCAAGUUCCACUGGUGCUGUGCCGUCCACUGCCGUGACUGCCACCAGCAGGUGGACGUGCACACCUGUAAAGGCCAGACGUGACCUCACCAGCCCCACCGCCAGUCGCACCACUGCUUCCCUGCUGAGCUAUAGAGCUAACAUCCUGAUAAGACAUUAAAAUGGACAUGUUUAGUGUUUCUGACCAGAGAUCAGUUAGAGAGGCGUCUGUGGAUGGAGGUUCCCUUAGAGGAGCUUCUAAACUGAACUGUCCAUAAAUGAGCGACAGUAUCGAACUGCAUUGGUCUAAAUAAAUAAAAGAAAAUAAAUAAAAAAUCUGCUGGACCAACAUCAGACAUGCUGAUAAAACUUAGAUUUCUAAGGUGACCUUUAGCGUUUGAUGAGGUCGAAACAAUAACCACACCUAAAGGACUGCACACACAUGCACUGAAAAUAUACACUGCCCAUCCAAAAAUAAAGUUACCUCCUAAGUUUAACUCAGCACAUAGGUUAAAACCUCCCAAUGGACAAUUACUGCAUGCAUUAUGUUUCAGCUGGCAACAAGUUAUUUAACCCCAACUAUGCAGUGAGUAGUUUCUCAUUUCUUAAACAACCAAGUGGAAAGACACAACCUGUGGUCGUGGCAAAGAUGUUGGUCUGUUUUAGAAGGGUCAAAUUACUGGCAUCACGCAGGGAAACAUAUAAGGAGAUGCUGAAACUCCUAAAACUGGGUUAAGAACUGUCCACUGCAUUAUUAAAUCCUUCCUGGAAGGAUAGUGGGGAACCAUCAUCUUUCAGGAAUGAUGGUGAUCAGUUAAAUGUUUGAUGAAAUCAAAUCAUAAAACACACCAGUAGAACGCAGGGCUGUUUAAGGGUGAACAUAAGAACAUUUCCACACAAACUAUGUGAAGGGAACUCAAGGGACUGGGACUAAACAGCUGUGUGUAGAAAACCACUUAUCAGUGAGGCUAAUCAAUGGAAGAAGGUCAUGUGGUCUGAUU